CACGACGAAACGUAAAGCUGGAGACGUCGCUGUUGCAGUUUUUCCUCAAGCAGAUAAUGUAAACACAGUUACCGGAGAACUUCAUUUCUCAGAAGUAGAAGAGAAGAAAGUCAACUGUAGCGGACAAUUUAAUAGUGGAUUUCCGAAUACACAUCCUGAUAAUUUUGAUUAUGUGAUUGUUGAUAGUGACGACAAGAUUUUUAAGGACUUGACUGAAGAAUUGAAAGGUGUAAUUACAAUUGUUGUUCCAGGCACGGCUCCAUUUUCACACGUUUUUACUGGUUUUUCUAUUGAUGACAUCAAUGGAAAAAAGUUUUUGGUCAGAAGGAGGUCGUACGUUGAAGCCGGUAAGGCAGAUAUUAAAAAAAUUCAAUAA